AUGAAGAUUUUCCUGAUUUGGACCUUCUUCUCAGGUGGCUGGUCAGUGACAGGCCCUGCACAGGUGAGAGGCAAGCUGGGUGGGUCAGUGGAGGUGUCCUGCAGCUACAAGCCACGCUACGAGCACAACCCCAAGUACUGGUGCCGCCAGGACUCCCUCUGGAUGUGCCACCGCGUUGCCCAAACCGACGGCUCAGAGGUGACGGUGACACAGGGCAGGGUGUCCAUUAGGGACAAACACGCAGCACACUCGUUCACGGUGGUGCUGAGCAACAUGACCCUGGAGGACACUGGCUGGUACUUCUGUGGGGUGGAGAGGAGGCUGUGGUUCGACAUGCGGCACAGCACUGAGGUGAUGGUCUCUCCAGCUGUUUCAAUCACAUCUGAGGGCAGCAACAUGAGCCUGUUACCCACCGACGGCCACUCUGAGAAGGCUCCAGUGCUGUCCCCGCUCGAUGUCACCUACCUGCUGCUCCUGCUCGGUGUGAAGGUGGCUGUGGUGCUGGUCCUGGCGUGUGGGGCUGUCUGUGUUCUGUGUCUGCUGAAACCCUGCCAAAAGCCUCCUCCUUACAUCUGCUUGUGUCCCACGGGGUGGAAUGGCACCAGUAGCAUGGCCACCUCCAUCCCCCCUUGA